CGCGCCUGCGCCGUGAUGGCGGCGAAGCCGGAGGGGGCUCUGCGCAUGCGCAAGUCGCUGAGGGCAAGCGGGCGGCGGGAAACCGCAAUGGCGGAGGCAGCGGCGGAACCCGGCGGCUCCCCCGGUCCGGCCGCUGCUUCGUCCUCACGGGGCUCGGCCGGGCCACAGGAGGGCGAGCGAUGCCCCGGCGGACCCAGCCCUGAGAGCGGAGGGGCCGCGCCAGAUCCGGACUCGGCAGCGGAUCCUGAGGCGAUUUUGAAGCUUCCCAGACAAGAGAAAAAGCCGAGCCCUUCCAGCAGGAAGAGAAGAGCCGAGAGCAGCCAAGAGUUGCUGAAUUCCUCCGCUUUGUCCCCGAUCGCCGCCGCCCCUCAGGACAAAAUCCGCUUCUGGCACCGCUCCGACCUCGAGCGGAGGCGAUCCCGCCGCAAAUCGCUGCCCCCAGUCCACCAGGACGUCACCGAUUUGAGCCAAUCCAUCAGCCUGGAGCUUCCCGAAGUCCAACGUCUCUUCCUCCUCCUCCUUAACAGCUUCAAGUUUUCCGCCCAGAAGUUGCAGAAGGAUCUGGAAAAAUCCGAAGGAUUCGACCCCGAGGCUUUCGCUGCCAGAGUCCAGGUAAAAACCGAGGAAUUCCGGCGGCUGCUCCAGAGGCUGCUCCUGGAUGGGACCCUGGAGGAUUGCGUGGAGCCGCCCCCGGGGGAUUCCCUGGAUUCGGCCACGGAGGCGUCCGUGGUGCAGAUGAAGGAGCGCAUAGCCAGCAUCUCCGGGGAGCUCCAGGCCUGGGAUCGGCUCCUGGAUCAGCACCAGCAGCGAUCCCAGGAGGCCUCCAGGUGAGGAACCCCCCAAAAUCCCCAAAUCCCCCCAA